AUGGAGCUGGAUGGCGGCAGGGAAGUUGAGGCCAGGAAUUACCUGGAAAAACAUAAGAUCAAGGAGUUACUGAACUAUCUCACCAGCACUCUCUUGUACUUCCGGCCGAAAAAACCAAGAGAAUAUUUAAUAUCUCUAUUGGAACGACUGAGAAUUGCCAAAAUAACGGGUGUACCUUUUCCUCUCUUUAUGGAUAACUCUAACAUUGUAUCUAUGUUUGAAAUGAUGGACUCUUCAAAGAAAGGCACCAUAUCAUUUGUGCAGUUUAAAGAAGCCCUGAAAACCCUGGGUCUGUGUACUGCAGAUGAGGUUCUAAAAGAUGAUGGACAUGCAAUAACUUUGGAGAGAUUCAAGAAUGAGGUGAGGAAAGACUGAAGCGGUGUUCUAGCCUGAAAUGUUUCAAGAAAGAAAAGCUGCCCACUGUCACAUGGAAUGGAA